UUGCCUGUCUGAGAAAUGGGAAACUAUUUGAAAAUGAAAACAUGUCUUAAGAAAUAAAUGUAUGAUACAUUGAUGCUAUAAAAUCUUGAACUUUAUCAAUGGUUUAAACAAUAUUUAGAAAAAUGGGAGAAAUCAAUAAAAAGCAGACAGAAUGGGAUAGCUCGAAAGGAUUAAGAGAACAGGUUAAAACUUUAGAGGAUAAGUGGAAAUUGGUUCCAUCAUUUCUCCAAGUAAAGGGCUUAGUAAAGCAACACAUUGAUUCAUUCAAUUACUUUAUAAAUGUUGAAAUAAAGAAAAUUGUGCAGGCAAAUGAGAAAAUAUUUUGUGAUUCAGAUCCACUGUUUUAUUUAAAAUAUUUAAAUGCCUAUGUGGGGACCCCAGAUCUGGAAGAAGGCUUUAAUAUCACAAAGCCAACAACACCGCACGAAUGUCGCCUCAGGGACCUUACUUAUUCAGCACCUAUAACAGUUGACAUUGAAUAUAUAAGAGGGAAUCAGCGGGUUAUUAAAAACAAACAACUCAUAGGAAGGAUGCCAUUAAUGCUUCGAUCCUCAAACUGUGUCUUAACAAAUAAAUCUGAUUAUGAACUCUCUCAGUUGAAUGAAUGUCCACAUGAUCCUGGCGGUUAUUUUAUUAUAAGAGGUCAAGAAAAGGUUAUAUUGAUACAAGAACAACUCUCUAGAAAUAGGAUGAUUGUAGAUGAAUUUAAAGGAGCCAUUCAAUGUCAAGUGACUAGUUCGACUCAUGAGAAGAAAACAAGAACAAAUGUUAUUGUGAAGAAUGGAAAAUAUGUUCUGAGACAUAAUGCAUUGUCAGAUGAUAUCCCUAUUGCAGUUGCAUUUAAAGCUAUGGGAAUUUGCAGUGAUCAAGAAAUAAUGCAAUUAAUUGGUACUGAUGAUAACACCAUUAAAAAAAUGGCACCAUGUAUUAUGGAUUGCCAUAACUUAAAAAUAUUCACCCAGAAUCAAGCCCUUACAUAUAUUGGACAAAAGUUUAAAGCUAAAAGGUUUCCAUCAUCACAGUCUAAAAUUAAAACUCCUGUAGAUGAAGCCAGGGAACUGCUAGCCACUACUAUAUUAGCUCAUGUAGCAGUAGAAAACUAUAAUUUUUAUGUUAAAGCUAUCUAUUUAGCAAUAAUGGUAAGGAGAGUUAUUGAAGCUGAAACGAAUAAGACCGCUAUUGAUGAUCCUGAUUAUUAUGGAAACAAGAGACUGGAAUUGGCCGGUUCACUAUUAGCUUUAAUGUUUGAAGAUUUAUUUAAAAGAUUUAAUUGGGAACUAAAAUCUAUUGCGGAAAAAAUAAUACCUAAGGUCAAAGCUGCACCUUUUGAUAUUGUCAAACAUAUGAGACCUGACUUGAUAACUAAUGGACUAUUUACAGCUAUUUCAAGUGGUAACUGGACCAUCAAGAGAUUUAAAAUGGAGAGACAUGGUGUGACACAGGUUCUGAGUCGACUCAGUUACAUAUCUGCAUUAGGUAUGAUGACAAGAGUGAACUCACAGUUUGAGAAGACUCGCAAAGUGUCAGGUCCAAGAUCCUUACAACCUUCUCAAUGGGGUAUGCUUUGUCCUUCUGACACGCCAGAAGGUGAAGGGUGUGGUCUUGUUAAGAACUUGGCUUUGAUGACGCACAUAACAACAGAGUGCUCUGAAGAACCUAUUGCUAGGUUGGCCUGUAAUGCUGGUGUUGAAGAUGUUAGGUUGUUGGGCGGAGAGGAGAUUAAUCAUCCAGCUAAUUACAUGGUUUUUCUUAAUGGUAAUAUUUUGGGUGUAACAAGGCAGUAUAAAAAGCUCAUAAAAAUAUUCAGGAUGUUCCGACGGCGAGGAUUAAUAUCCGCAUUUGUUUCCAUCUAUCCAAAUCACAACCAAAGGACUGUAUAUAUCUGUAGUGAUGCAGGCAGACUUUGUCGUCCUUACAUAAUUGUUGAGAGAGGAUAUCCAUUGGUUAAGCAACAACACAUAAAUGAACUUAAAAGAGGUUUAAAAAAAUUCCAAGACUUUUUAAAGGAUGGCCUUAUAGAAUAUUUAGAUGUAAAUGAAGAGAAUGACAGUCAUAUAGCUACUGUGGAGGCUGAGAUUGAUCCGUAUGUGACAACACAUUUAGAAAUAGAACCCUUUACAAUAUUAGGAGUUUGUGCUGGACUUGUUCCAUAUCCUCAUCACAAUCAGAGCCCUAGAAACACUUACCAAUGUGCUAUGGGUAAACAGGCAAUGGGAACAAUUGGCUACAACCAGAAAAAUAGAAUAGAUUCUCUUAUGUACAACUUAGUAUAUCCCCAAUGUCCAAUGGUCAAGACUAGAACAAUAGAAUUAACUAACUUCGACAAGUUGCCUGCUGGUCAGAACGCAACUGUCGCUGUAAUGAGUUACAGCGGUUACGACAUUGAAGACGCCUUAAUUUUAAACAGAGCUUCCAUAGACCGUGGCUACGGCCGAUGUUUAGUGUACAAAAAUGCGAAGACAACCAUGAAGAGAUAUAGCAAUCAAACAUCAGAUCGUAUAUUGGGACCAUCCCGAGAUGCUAACACCGGCAAAAUUAUAAAAGCACACGAAAUCUUAGAUACUGAUGGAAUAGCGGCUCCUGGAGAAAUGGUCGAAAAUCGGCAAGUUCUCAUCAACAAACAAAUGCCUCCAGCCACAUUAAAUCCCAUUAGUCAAGGGCAACCCCAACAAAUAGACUACAAAGAUGUUCCUAUCACAUAUAAAGGUCCAGUUGAAUCUUAUAUCGAAAAAGUAAUGGUCUCUUCAAACUCAGAGGAUGCAUUUCUGAUAAAAAUAUUAUUAAGACAAACAAGGAUUCCAGAGAUUGGAGAUAAGUUCAGUUCGCGUCACGGACAGAAGGGUGUCACUGGUCUUAUAGUGCAGCAAGAAGAUAUGCCUUUUAAUGACAGAGGAAUUUGCCCUGAUAUGAUUAUGAAUCCACAUGGAUUUCCCUCCCGUAUGACAGUUGGAAAAACUAUUGAACUUUUAGCUGGAAAAGCUGGUCUAAUGGAAGGAAAAUUCCAUUAUGGUACUGCAUUUGGUGGUUCCAAAGUAAAAGAUGUGUGUAAUGAAUUGGAGAAACAUGGUUAUAACUAUCAUGGCAAAGAUAUAUUUUAUUCAGGCUUAACAGGAGAACCUCUCGAAGCUUAUAUUUAUUCUGGACCUGUGUAUUACCAAAAGCUGAAGCACAUGGUGCAAGACAAGAUGCACGCUCGCGCCCGCGGGCCGCGCGCGGUGCUCACGCGCCAGCCCACCGAGGGGCGCUCGCGGGACGGCGGCCUGCGCCUCGGAGAGAUGGAACGCGACUGCCUAAUUGGUUAUGGAGCUAGCAUGUUGCUUAUGGAGCGCUUGAUGUUCGCGUCGGACGCGUUCAGCGCGGACAUCUGCGGCGCGUGCGGGCGGCUGGCGAGCCGCGCGUGGUGCCACGCGUGCCGCUCGUCCGCCGCGGUCGCCGCCGUCGAGAUGCCGUACGCGUGCAAGCUGCUCUUCCAGGAACUAGCCUCUAUGAACAUCGUGCCACGGCUCACGCUCAAACGAUAUUGUUGAUUAAAUGCUUUUUUUAUGACAA